AUGGCUGACAGAGUACUUCACUAUGGACUGAAUAAGAAAUUCAACUUUUCCUUUUGUGACGAAGAUGCUGAGAACGAAGGGCAGAUGACAGCACACGACAUUGGAGAGACGCAGAACCAAAAGCCUAAGGCGGAUGAGGAUGAGGAGUUGGAGGGUCCCAAGUCUCCCCCCAGAGAUGAACUUUAUACUUCUCAGAACAGAGACGUGGCCAGUCCAGGUCCUGGUUUUUGGAUUUCAGUUUCAGACCUACCCAAAUGUCCAGAGACACCAAUACCAUACAGAAAGAGCAAGCCGCCUCUUGCUUACAACCUCUCCACUCCCAAAAAUUCACUGCAUCAGCCAGAGAUUUCUCCAAUAGGGAAGCUCUCAGCCAGAAGCUAUAAACAUUUGAGACUCACACCUGUUCCCCUCAUGGAUGAGAAGACCUCUCUGUCUCUGGUCAAUAUCAACCCAUUCACUCCAGAGUCCUAUAGAAAAUUAUUACUUCAAUCAAAUGGCAAGAGGAAAUCCAGAGACUACCUUGAGGAAACUGGAGAAGGAGAGAGCAAACCAGAACAGUGGCUGCCUGCUAAGAGAAGUGUUCUACAAGAAACUAAUAUGGCUUCCCGCUAUGAAAAGGAAUUCUUGGAGAUAGAACGAAUUGGGGUUGGGGAAUUUGGUACAGUCUACAAGUGCAUUAAGAGGCUGGAUGGAUGUGUUUACGCAAUAAAGCGCUCUGCAAAACCCUUUUCAGGAUUAUCAAAUGAUUUGGAUUUGCAUGAAGUUUAUGCUCAUGCAGUGCUUGGUCAUCACCCCCAUGUGGUACGCUACUAUUCUUCAUGGGCAGAAGAUGAUCACGUGGUCAUUCAGAACGAAUACUGUAAUGGUGGAAGCCUGCAAGCUGCUAUAUCUGAAAAUGCUGCAUCUGGUAAUCACUUCCCAGAGGCCAAACUCAAAGACAUCCUUCUACAGAUUUCCUUGGGUCUUAAGUACAUCCACAACUCUGGCAUGGUGCACCUGGACAUCAAACCCAGUAACAUCUUUAUUUGUCAUAAAAUGCAUAGUGACUCUCCUAUAGCCCCAGAAGAGGCUGAAAGUGAAGCUGACUGGUUUCUCUCUGCCAGCGUAAUGUAUAAAAUUGGUGACCUGGGCCAUGUGACAUCAAUCAACAAACCUAAAGUGGAAGAAGGAGAUAUUCGCUUCCUGGCUAAGGAGAUCUUGCAAGAGAACUAUCAACGCCUUCCCAAAGCAGACAUAUUUGCUUUAGGGUUAACGAUUGCAAUGGCUGCAGGCGCAGAGUCACUACCCAUCAAUGGUGACAUGUGGCAUCAUAUCCGCAAGGGGAACUUCCCAGAGAUUCCCCAGCAGCUCUCACAUGACUUCUACGGUCUUCUCAAGAACAUGAUCCACCCUGAUCCAGAGGAGAGACCUUCCGCAGCAGCUCUGGCCAGAAGUCGAAUCCUCCGGCCCUUUCUGGAGAAGACAGAUGAACUCCAGAAACAACUGAACUUGGAGAAAUCCAAGAUAGCCACACUGGAAAGGGAACUGAUAAAAGCUCAGCAAGUCCAGACCCCUCAGCGAGACCUCCACCAUGGGUAUCCUGGGACUUACGGGGCUCACCAAAGCCCAGGAAGCACACGACAUCUGGUGAGGGAAAGGAGUGGGAGCCCUCAAGCCGCUCCUGUGGGGCAUCCUCCUUUGAGGUGCUUGCUUCUCACCAGCCAGCCUUCUGCCAUGCACUCUUCAGAAAACUCUUACAAUGAGCAAGAUUGAGCCUGUUUGAAAGCAGCAUGAUUUCAAAAGCCAUCCCAAUGUGGCAUCUAUAGGCAAAAUCACAGAGCUUUUAGGGUUUCUUCCUAGCAAUGGUCUCGUGUAUCAUAGAUCCUGGACAUUUCUCUUCCCUACUGUCAUGUUUCUAGUGCCACUUACUGAGAACAUCAGAUGAAUAACCAAACAUGCCUCUGAACUCAAAGAAGUAGAAACACAUUCUUUUGGCCUAUGGAUUAAGAAGUUAGCAUCACUUAUUCUUCACUAGGAUCCAGGAAACUUUCCCCAUACAUAGGCAGGAAUAAAAUAUGGCUUUAAGUACCAGUUCACAAGAGGAUGUUGCUUGUAUUUCAGCAGUGCUUCCCAAGCUGUAUCUACUCCUACAAUUGCCAGCUUUUUUGAGCAAGGAAUUUGUCUAAUAUAUUUUCUGAAUGGAAGCGAUCUCUUUUCUGAUUUUGUAUUAUUAAAUAAAAGACUAUCAUUGUGUGGAAUAAUUACAAGUAAGACUAUAAUGCGGAUAUUCCUGAGCUACUUAUUAACUUGUGAAACAAAACAAGCAGAGGCAGGGGCUCCAGGAAGUUUGAUGUAACUGUUCUCCAUGCAUGCCAUUCCUCUUGUGGCCAUCCCUGACAUGUCCUAUAUCUCUGUGGCCGAUUCCAUUUGCUUUUGAGUUUUUGAAGAUUAUCAUCAGGUUCCCUUGAUUUUUUUUUUUUUUUUACCAGAAUUUGUCUUUUUCUUUUCUGUGCUUUUAACAUAUUUUAAUCAAAAUCUUUCCCUCUGUGUACGUUUAAGGAAACAGAACAUUUGUAAAUAAAGAUUUUUAUCUUGUCCAAAGACAAACAUGGGUAAAAUAUUCUCCUUUGUAAUAUGGACAAAGAAUGUGAAUUCAUUAAAAUUUCUUCUCAUUAAGAGGUAAUGUAGGUUAGAAGUAACAUGUCUUUGUGUCAACACCAUAAACCCAACUGCACAGGUACAGGUGCAUCGACAAUGGCUAUAAUAUAUUGGCCAUAAAUAUAUUCUUUUUGCAAUCUGAAUAAAGGCAACCUGUUAAAAAUUUAAAAUUAAGAAAAUAUCCCUACUGACUACAAAGUAUUUCCAAAGUUGUUUUCAAAAAGCCUUAAAGUAUAUGCUACUUUAAUUAGCUUAUGUGGAAGGCUCUUCCUUUUCAUUAGAAAAAAGAUUUAAAAGAGAUUAGACUUUCUGAAGUUUGUGUUUUUGUUUGUUUUGCACCAACUUUCUGUUUCCAAAACUUUGUUUAUGGUAAAGUACUGCCAUCCACAGCUAGAUGGCAGUGUAAGCCGGUACUCUGCCCUCCCAGGUAGUGCUCUCCAGGCAGUUCUGGAGGGUUUGAAGUCUGUAGUCUACUACGCUUAAGAAUUCAAAC